AUGCCCUUACCAGUUGCGACACAUCCAGACGUGCAGGGCAAGGGCAAGGUCGCUGCUGGACCGAACGCUGCUGCUGCGAGGUUCAUCCCCGUUGCUUGCAUCGAUUCCGAGGCGGAUGGUCGGCGGGAAGCUGUGAUAGGCAAAGAUGCCGACGCCUGCGUCCCUUGCCGUCCCCUCUCAUCUCGCCGGUUUGGAACGAAAGAGGAGAGGGCGGCAAUGGCUCGGCCAGAGAAGGCAGAGGCGGAGCAUCGGGCGCGGGCUUGCUAG